AUGAAUCUAGACGUAAGAAGGCAUCCGGGAUAUCGACAUAGAUUCAAUGCUGAGCCAGAAAGGAGCACACGAGUACGGGAGGAAGUCGCCUCUCGGAUCCCCGAAUGGCAGAUGGAAAGGGACUACUUGAACGACUAUCGAAGAAAUGUCUUUCCUAAAAGGCACAUUAGAUAUCGACCAAGAGCCUAUCCAGCGAGUUUUGGCACUGAAUUCACCUUUGUGUGUGUCGACGAUCCCCAAUAUCGGAGAGAUGUCUUCAGCUCGCCCGCUCAGUCCAGGUAUCCUGUGGUCGCGCUAGAAAGCAAAUCACACCUUGUCAAAAGCUCAGUCGUCCCUGAAUGGUUUGAAGCGCUGUAUUUCACGGAGCAGUUGAAGAUGUGCCACAGGAAACUGAAACUCGACGACGACCAAACAAAGCACGCAAAAGUGUUGGUUAGAAGAUACAUUGGGGCUAUAGUCGACAGCGUCAAUGAAGAAAUCGAUGCCAGCAGGCCAGAAGGGGCUAGCCGCACCCGGAUAGAAUACACAGGCAGCAUGUACGAGGGCACCAAAUUUGGUCAACCCGACGAGUUUGACAUCAUGGUCGUGAUUGACGGCUCAGAAGAUAUAGAGGACGAGAAGAUGACUCCCGGCUACGCCAGGCUCCGAGUCGACCAGCGCCCUUUCCUCCCUUACCGGUUUUCUAGGUGUCUUGCUGGAGACAAAAACAUCAACCCGACAAAGAUGCUUGACUGGUUCUAUGGACUUGUGCAGAGAGGGAUCAACAAGAUAUCAACCUCGGCAUUGGAUCCUGUUCUGAAAGUCUCUCGCCACGGACCAGCCGUAAUGGUUAAUAUAAAGGAAAGAAACGGCUUGUCCAUAGACGUGGACCUGGUCCUGUGUAUCCAGCUGGAUCAGCAGACGUACUACGUCGCCAAACCGUACAAGGAUUAUGCUGAGGAACCUCCGGACUGGUCCCUGACGUGCGAUCCUGCCAUGCUGUGGAGACAGUCCUUCUCCGUCACCGAAACCAGGACGCUAGCAAGCAUCGACGGAGCCCACGGGUGCCGUCGUGACUGCCUCCGUGUCCUGAAGAGCGUGUUCCGGAGGGAACCAGGUCUGAGCAAGUUCACGUCCUUUCACCUGAAGACAGUCCUGCUGCGCAUGUUUGAAGAAGAGGACCAAUGGCAGAGCAGCAACAUGGGCGAUCGUUUCUUUGAUCUGCUAUUGAGGAUCGAGGCGUGUCUGGAAGACAGACGUCUGCCUCACUUCUACCUGCCUGAACUGAACCUGUUGGACGGCAUCCGUCACGUGACCAUCGAGAAUGUGCGCAGGCGCGUGACACAGCUGAUCGACAAUGAGCAUGAGAGAAACAGAAUACUUUACAUUUGCUUGUAGCAUGUGUAGGUAUUACGUCGAUCGAUAGAUAUUGCCCACAUGUAUUAUUGUAAUCCUGUGAGUUUUCAACAGCUGGGGUUUGCAAUGAUAAAGUGCAGGGAGGAAUUAAUUAGCUUUUUCUCAUUAAUCCUAAGACUCCUACCUAAAAGAAAUGUGCUCUAUGUUCUAUUCUACUCUACUUAAUAAUACCCUAUCCAAGAAGGUUGAAAAAAGGAGUCGGAUCAACUCCACACCACUCCACUCCACUGUACUACACUGCAC